AUGCAGCCUCCACGACCACAGAAAGACGAAUCCCUGAACAGUGCAAAACCCGCUCCACGGAUCUCAAACCCACGUCGUCUCCUAAUCUUAACCCCCGCGUCGCAAUCUCACACCAUCGUCCCUCCUUUUUUGCAUAGCCUAACUGGAGUUCCGGUCACCAAUGCGCCGCAAGCUACAAACACCACUCAAUCAGGAGAAAAACAAGACCCUGUCACGGCGGACAGCACCGACAGCAAGGACCUAACAUCCACAUUUGCUGGAUACACUACACAUUCUCCACUACGAAUAGAGACGAAAUACUACACGGCAGAUAUACCUAUAUGGGUCGAUGAACUUCCGUUCCCUUAUAAUAACAGGACGUCGCCAUACUCGUUACCGCAAUCCCACCCAGACGCAUCUAGCUCUAGAGACGCGGAUUCGAAGUUACCACAACCCCACAGCCUCACGGCCUGGAGAUCUGAAUUCCUUUCCGAUGAAGCUCGGGAGGUGCGAGACGUCAUUGGUGCCGUUGUCGUCUGCAUAGAGAGACCGGCCGUGGCAUCGUAUGAGUUAAUUCCCAGUGAAACCCCAGAAAUUACACGGGAUAGAGAACAUAGAAAGAGGAUUGCGCAAGGGAUAAAGGAGCUUUUAAGUGCAGUUGCGGAGGUUAGGAAUCGAAUUGAAGAGGAGCGUGGCGGGAUUGGAGAAGUUCCGGGAUUGGUUGUAUUGGUGGGGACGGAUGAAGGGAGCAAGAGAUCGGAGGGGAAUAUGAAGCGGAAGGGAAGUGAGUUGGAAGAGCCGGCGGACAGCGGUGAUGGUCUUGAUCUGGGACACGCCGUGGAGUUUAGUACUAGCUGGUGGGAGGACGAAUUAACUGAGAUGGGACAUUUCGAACUGGAGGUUGUGGCGUGGGACCCCAAGGCGGAAUUAAAGGAGGAUAAGAGGAAUGUCUUUGGAGAACUCCAAGGUAUGGCACGGAUAAAAGAAGUCCUGCAGACGAAUGAGUGGGCCUCAAAUCGCCAAGGAGAUCUUUCAACUGAUUUUCUUCUCGACUCUGAUGAAGAUUUUGGUUUCGAUAACGAAGCUAGUGAGCUCGAGCGUGAAAUGCUUGGUCUUAAACUAGCAAUUGAAAAAGGGGCUGAUGAAACUGGUGCUGGCGAACCAGAUCUAAAAAGCCACAAUGAGGAGGAUGAACUCCAUGUUGAAAAGAUUGAUGGACUAAUGUUGAGAAUGAAGGCUAUUAAGGAUAUGGCUGCUGAAUUACCUGAAGCAGAGCGUAAGGCGUUUGCGGUUAAGGCAAUCAAUGAUAUCAUGAAGGAUAUUUAA